AAGAAUUAAGCGAAACCGCUAGUCAAAUUUCGCCGACUGUUCCAACCAGUUCCGUAGCAAGCCCCUUAAUACCUAAUGAAAUUACGACGAAGAUCGAAACUCUAAUCAGCCUCGAAGAGGAAAUACAAACAUUAGACGAACAAACAAAGGAACAAAUAACUAUCUUACAGGAGGAGUUGAAAAAAGCCCGUGAAGACGAAGCCCGAAUGAAAACGAAGAUUACAAAAAGCCCUCCAAAAGAAGAGAUUACUAAUGCUAACAACAAAAUUGCAGAAUUAAAAGCGGAAUUACAAUUAAAUCAGCGAGAGCUUGACAGGUAUGAAAAAAGUCAAAGUAGUUCGUCAACAGUAGAGGAAAUUAACCGGAAAGACCAAGCAAUUAGAGAAAAAGCUAACGAAAUAACAAGAUUGGGAGCGUGUGUGGAAAGUUUGGAAAGAACCACAAGCGACCAAAAUACGAAAAUUAAUGGUUUAAAAAACAAACUAGCAGACCAAGAAGAGGAAAAGGCAAAUUUGCUUUCUAGCAACAACCAAUUACGACUAGCAAUUUUCCUAAGCGGUAGUUUGCUAGUGGCCGGAAUUGUUUACUAUUUUUUUUUCGGAAAAAAAACUCCUGAACCCGAGAAAGAAAAUCCUCUGGAAGUUUCCCAAGUGGAGGGGAAAAUCUUCGCCCAAGGUCCCCAAGGGGAAAAUGAAUUAGUCCUUAAUGCUGAGUCCAACAAUCUUGCUCUGGCCGGAACUUUUAAUUCUUUAAUUUUUGGAUUGAUUGCCGGAGUUAGCAAAGGUUAUAGGGCAACAUUAGAAGUUAAGGGGCUUGCUACGGAACUG